AUGGCGGCAACCGAAUCAUCACUCGCAGUUACAAAAUCGACAGGUCCUGCUUCGGAUUCCCUGACCACAAAAGUAUUUGCGACAACAUCUCGAAGAUUGCCCAUGGAAGGGGCGCCAAGUGUAUCGAGUCCAUCAGGGAAUUCUACCACGUUGAGUAGUUUCUCAAGUCUAACUUAUUCAGUUUCGACUCCAACCACGUCGAGUGACCAGAGCACAACGCAUGAUUCCAUGACCCGUGCCAUUUCCACCUCUGACUCCGCUUCGACCACCACUACAUCUGGCUUCUCCAGCUCUCGAGAUACGGCAUCAUCGUUAGCCUUGACGGAUCCAGGCUCGCAAAGCACGUACAGCUCAUCAACCCCUUCACAGGAAAGCGUUAUUACUACAACGAAGGGAGGACUUGUCCCAAGCCCAAUUCUCAGCGGACCAACGUCUGUUCUGGCCAAUUAUACCACAUGGCCUUCAACUACCGUGGAUAUUGGGACUGAGACGGUGCCUCCGUCAAGCUCCUCUUCAAUAUUCGAUGGCUCCGCACUUCCCAUACCUGGCCACUUGUCUUCUGUGACGUCUUGGACGUCAAUUCAGGACGAGGUUCCCGCGCCAACUACAGCUAGCUUGCUCUCGACCUCGGACAGUUCCGCUCAACUCGAGCCCCCCGGCACGCGUUCGACAAUGUGGACAAGUUUCGGAAACUCUUCCACUGCAUUUCUGGGGACCGGUACUUCAACGAGAUCGACGCCCAUCGGAACAGGAGUCACAACAAGGUUGGGAGACACGGAACCGACCGAUACACUCUCCACUCUGACGCAAAGGAAGGCGACCAGUACAUCCGUGGCGGCCUUGCCGUCCUCAUCCACCCAGAUAUUAAAGCUUACAUCCACUCUCAGCAGCCAUGGAAACCCUCUGCCCUCAGAAUCGACUUGGCCAAGCUUGCAUCGACCGGGAACCCAGUCUACCAUGUCAUGGGUAAAUUCUACCAACCCGGGGGAGACUGGCGGCUACACAACGAAAUCUACUGUCGCACUCUCGACCGUCCUCAUCCCCGAGAGCCUGUCCACGACGUCCACUUGGAAACCUUCCAAGAAUUCAACCUCAACCUCAACCGCAACCUCGAGUUCCUGGAAUUUUUCAUCUGGAUACCUCUCACGAACCAUUACCUCUAUCCCUACGAACUCGUCACGUAUGCCUGAUGGGUCAGUUUCGGCGACAAAUGCCACCGGCUCGUAUCCUCAUGGUCCGACCAUUAUUGCUCCCGCUCCCGUAUUCACCAGGCCGUCGAAUUUCACAACCGUCUCUGGCCCAACGGCCCCUCCUGGUGAUCAUUGGCUCACAACAACGGCGGAGGAUUCUGUGACUUAUGGUGGCUCUGAGCUGCAAACAAGUUCGAGCGCAACUUUCAUUCGCAACAGCGGUGCCCUCAUAACACCGGGAAGGUCGCCCUCCUACCGCAAUUCGACCUCGAGCCUGCUGGCCACUUGGUCAGAAAUUUCGAGCGAUUUGGGGACAAGCACGACCACUCCUCAUUCCCAACUCGGUCAUAGCAGCAUUUCCAGUAGAGUUGUAACUACUGCACCAUCAACCACUGUCACACAUUCACCCUCAUACGCUUCGACUGUAAUCACCAUGGGUCCGCGGUCGACAUCCAGACCAGACGUGGAUACGAGACCUGUGGUAUCCACCACGAUUGCCAGCGGGCCGCCAUAUCCCACACACAACUCAACUCGGAGUAUCCGAGAAACAGAUGAGGCUUCCGGAAGCAGCGGGACAGCGCCUCGUUCGACAAGAUGGACCGAGACCACGCGAGCUCCAUCUGGGCCAUGGCGAAGUUCGAGCUUGCCCUCACGGAGCGAGACUGCGCCGUUCCCAAUCUCCUCGAACUCGACAGCGUCGCACCCGACAGUAAUCGGUUCAUCCAUUGCGCACUCGUUUGGACCCGGUGUGCCUCCGACUUGGACGACAGUUGUUACCGCCACUAGGCACAACUCGACAGGUAUGGAGACUCUCCCGAAGAGUGUCACAUCCAUCCUCACUCCGUUCCCUGCGUCCUCAGACCCGACGAGCUCGACAUCGACUUCUACGAGCAGCCUUGCCAAGUCCAGCACGGAUAUGGCAGAGUCGGCGAUAUCGUUGCGAACGAGCCGCAAUGGCACUUCAUCCGCGAGACUCAAUUCGAGGACAAUGACUUUGCCGCGGUGGACGAAUAGUAGCACGGAACCGCCAUCAACCACGUUUUCGCUUGGCACGAUAACCUGGACCCGAGACAGUACGGCACAGGUUACCUCGACGUCCUGGUCUCGCGUUGAACCCAUGCCAACGACUUUGCCAGAUGAAAACACCCGCACGACGGCGUAUCAGACCAUUCCUGCCAACUCUUCGGUGACCGAUGUUACAGACCCAGGUUGGACGACAAUUUUCACGUAUUCGUCGCAGCAAGUCUCGAGAGAUAACUCGACGAGGAGCCGUGCAAGGAAAGAAAGCGGAAGUCGGUCUGCUCCGAGAGAGACUCCUGCCCGAUGGCACAAUGCGACUGCCACAGCAACCUCGACAUUGUCUGGGAGUGGCAGCAGCAGCAUGCGCAUGCGUACGAGGACCACGGGCGACGGCACGGCCUGCACGCACGAGGUCGUGCAUACUUACCCGGCUCAGGAAAGCACCAGUAUCGUAGUACCGUGCACAACGAUUGUGGCUGGUCUGGCGACAUCCACAAGCUGCGCCGACAUGUCAUCCGAGGCUGGCUCACCGGGUUCUACGCAUUGUCACUCUUCGCUGUGCGCCAUAACGAGCAGGACCAACAUCUACAGUAGAGUGUCGUCCACUCCGUCGACAUGGAAUUGUUUGUUGCAUGACAGCGCGCCGGCAUAA